CAACCAUACAUGUUCCACAAAGUCCGUGGCAGUUUACCGAAGUUAUCAGAACAGAUAGAAGCAAGUCAUCGCUAGUUGAUUGAAUUCAAUUAGUUCAAUUCUCGAAUUUCAGAUCUUGCUGCCAAGAUGUUUGCCCGAAAUGCAUCAUCCUUAAUCCGAUCGGCUCAGCUACGUCGAUUCCAAAGCACGCUGGUAGUGGCUGAGCACAACAACGAAACUCUGAAUCCGAUCACAGCGAAUGCAGUGACGGCUGCCAAAAAGCUGGGCGGUGAUGUGACGAUCCUGGUGGCCGGAACCAAAGUUGGACCGGUUGCCGAGGCUGCCGCCAAGUUGAACGGUGUCGGCAAGGUCCUGGUAGCCGAAGGAGAUGCCUUCAACGGGCUGCUGGCGGAAGCCGUCACUCCGCUGGUGCUCGCCACCCAGAACCAGUUCAAAUUCACCCACAUCGUGGCCGGGGCGUCCGCUUUCGGGAAGGCCGUGCUGCCACGAAUCGCCGCCAAGCUGGACGUCUCGCCGGUGUCGGAAAUUAUCGACAUCAAAUCGGCCGAUACCUUCGUGAGGACUAUCUAUGCAGGAAAUGCCAUCCAAACGGUGAAAUCCAAGGACCCAGUGAAAGUGAUUACCAUCCGUGGAACGAACUUCGAAGCAGCGGGCGCCGGUGGAAGUGGAGCCGUCGAGAAAGCCCCGGAGGGUUCCUACAAGACUGAUCUGACGCAAUACGUCAGCCAGGAGCUAACGAAAUCGGACCGACCCUCGCUGACGGCUGCCAAGAUCAUCAUAUCCGGUGGACGUGGAAUGAAAUCGGGUGACAAUUUCAAAAUGCUGUACGAUCUGGCCGACAAGUGGGGCGCUGCCGUUGGAGCUUCGCGUGCCGCCGUCGAUGCCGGCUUUGUGCCAAAUGACUUGCAAAUCGGCCAGACCGGUAAAAUUGUGGCCCCGGAGCUGUAUAUUGCGGUGGGCAUUUCUGGAGCCAUCCAGCAUCUUGCCGGUAUGAAGGAUUCCAAAACGAUCGUUGCGAUCAACAAGGACCCAGAGGCACCAAUCUUCCAGGUGGCCGAUUAUGGUCUGGUAGCAGACCUGUUCAAGGCUAUCCCGGAAAUCAAUGAGAAAUGCUAGAUUUAAGCGAAACGUGAAACGUUGUUGAGUAGUAUUUUUGUUUGACUAUUCGGAAUAUUUGAGCAAGCAGCAAUCAAACAUUUUUUUCGUUACGAAAUUGUUUGAACACAUUGCAUUUCUAAAGAUUAUGAAAUAAAAGUGAGAUUUUUAAUA